AUGCAAAAUGCGUGGCAUAAACUAAACAAGGCCGUUCAAAAUAUCCAGAAUGUCAUACUUACAGAUGAUGAUAAUAGCAAUUCCAUAAUAAAAGAUGAAAAUAACAAUAAGAAGGAAGAAUUUACAAAAUGUAAUGAGAAAACUUUUAGUUUUUCUAAUUUGAAGACCUUUUCGCAAAUUAGUUAUGAUCGGAAAGGUUUUCAUUUAUCAUAUGAUAAUAAACAAGAUGAUAAUAAAAAUUUUAAUGAAUAUGGAAAUGUUAAGAAUACAAACAAUAAUAUUUUAAAAUCCUAUAAAGACAGUAGUAUAAGAAAUGAUAAAGAAAUAAUAUACAAUAUGAAAAAUAUAUUAUAUGAAGAAAUAAUAAAUAAUAUAAACCUAUUUAAAAAUUUUAUGAAAAAUGAAAAGGCACAAUUAUUAAUCAAUGAAUAUAAAAUUAAUUAUUAUAAUUCAAUAAAAAGUGAUUUUUUUUUCUUAAAUUAUAUUUCUAUAAGUAAAUAUAUUUUACUUAUAUUAUCAAAAUUUUUAAAUAUUCAUUUGAUUGAUAAAUUUGAAUGUAUUCAUAUAAAUAAUAAAGAAGAAUAUGAAUAUUAUAUAAAAAAUUUAUUUUUUGACAUACUCAAAAUUGAGAAUAUACAUCAUGUAUAUGAUAAUAAUACAAUUUCCGAAGAAAAUAUAAGUAAAGGGGGAAUUCUUAACAAUAUAUAUAAAAGUGGAAGUUUUCAUAAUAAUAAUUAUAGUGUAGAAAUAAAUAAUACUAAUAAAAAAUUUAUAGAAAAAGACACUAGCCAAAAAAAUGAAUCUUCCCCUAAUACAUUAAUAAGAUGCAAUUCUUUAGAUUAUAUAUUAAGAUAUAAAAAUAAUCUUACUUUUAAUAAUGAAAAAAAAUCACCCUUUUCCAUUAUAGGUCAUAUAUCAUCUAAAAAGGAUGUAGACCAAAUGAAUAAACAAAUGGAUGAUCCAUAUGAUAUACACAAACAAAAUUUAAAUAAUAAUAUGAAAAGAGAACAUAUCAAUCAAUAUAAUAAUAAUACUGAAUAUGCUACUAUAAAUGAUAAAACUGAUAAUAAUCAUAUUGACAUAUCAGUUAUGGAAUAUGAUCAAGUAGGACAAAAUAAUCAACCGCUAUAUACCAAAUAUAAAAGUAAUUAUACUCACAGUAAUAAUAUAUAUGAUGAUAAUGAUAAUGAUUCUUCUUGUUUCCAUUCCAAACAAACAAGUAAUAAACCAUUUAAUAAUAGUAAUAUUCAUAAUAUUGAGAAAAAUGACUUUUGUCAAAAUAUGGAAAAUUAUACUACAUAUAAUAAUAAUAAUAAUAAUAAUAUGAAAGAAAAAAGUGUAGUUAAUUCAAAAAAAAAUUUUGAUCCAUUCCCAGAUAAAUCUUCUCUAACCGAAUGUGAAGAACACGAAUUUCUUAUUAGAAACGACACAAAAAUUGAUUUCUCAAAAAUUAUUAAAUCAAUGAAAGAAGAACAUAAUAUUAAAAUUGAUAUAUUGAAUUCUCAAAUAAAAAUUUUAAAAGACGAACUAGCUAAAAAUAAUGAUGUGCAAACAAAUAUGAGAAAAAUGAAAAAGGAUAUAGAAAAAUAUCAAAAAGAAUUAGAUAAUAAAAAUCAAAUUAUAGAUGAUUUACAUAAUGAAAAAAAUAAUUUACAAUAUCGUUUAGAUGAAUUAGAAUUAAAGUAUAAAGAAAAUACAAAUUCAGGUGAUACCAAAGAAGCAUUAAAACAAUAUUGUGAGAAAAAUCAUAUAGAUAAACAAAUAAUUAUAGAAUUAAUAAAAAAUAGUAAUGAUAUAUUAAAAAAAAGAAAUGUGAAGAAAGAAAUAUUUCUCAUAUUAUGUGAUAUAUUAGGUAUAAAAAAUAUGAUACCUGGUUUGGAAGAAAAAGAUAUAUCAGAACAAUUCUUGGAAUUUAUGGAUGAAGAGACAAAAUAA